CUGGUUUCAGGAAGCACCAGCGACAACAGCAGCGAGUCCGUCUUGUUUUCGCACGAAAUUCACUAGAACACGAGCGAGCGGAUGACGACGUGGUGGAGGAAAAACACGGUUAUGAAGCCUCUCCCGGAGUGAGUUGUAUUUCAACUGGACAGGAUUUUUUAUCCCACACGGUCAAAGAAGAAACCUCACAGAAUGUGGGGAUCCAAGCGUUCCAGGACAGGGACGUCUCCAGGCCAGAGUGACCCUCCGCAGGGUCAAGGCGUCCAUGUUCUCCUCCUCUGGACCAAGGAGGGGGAGAGAUACUUGUCCCACACGAGUGGUGAGGUCACAGCAGAGGAGCUGUGUAUCUCAGCUGCUGAAGCUGCAGGGAUAACACCUCUGUGCCAUGUGAUGUUCGCUCUUUACAAUCCGCUGUUGCGCUAUUGGUACAGUCCAAACCAUGUUUUCAGUCCAGACGAGAACCCUGGUCUCAUACUGCAUUACUGUAUGAGGUUUUACUUUCAGAAUUGGCACGGGAUGAAGGAGAAGGAGAAGGAGAAAGGGCCAACUAUAUCCCGUUAUUGUCUCAGAUCUGGGACAGAUCAAGGGGGUUCCCCUCUGCUCGACAUCAGUUCCUUGGAGUAUUUAUUCGCUCAGGCAAAAUACGAAUUUGUGAAUGACGUGGUGCAGAUGGAAACCAUAAAGUCGGAGGAGGAGCAGAUACGCUUCAAAAAUGAGAGUUUGGGAAUGGCCAUACUACACCUUUCACACCAGGCAAUGCAGACGGGCUGCACUUUACAGGAGGUUGCAGAGAAAGUCAGCUACCUACGCUGCAUUCCAAAGUCUUUCGCCAAACACAUCUCCAAAACCAACUUCCUGACAAAAUUCCGGAUCCAACGAGUGUUUGCAGACUUUGUGAGAACUUUCCAGAAACACACCAAGGACAAGGGGGUCCAGGAGGUCAUGUGCAAGUACAUUUCUACGCUGGAAAACCUAGCGCCGCGUUUCGGCACAGAGACUUUCACCGUACCCCACCUGGAGCUACGGAACGAUGGGGACGGAAGCAACUGUAACUCCCCCGGCACAGACACUCAGGACGUCUCGAAAGACAACUUCACAACCCCCACUUAUGAAAUAAUGGUGUCGGGCACAAAGGGGAUUCAGUGGAGGAAGGUGUUGGAGCAGAAGGCAAACACUCACCUCAGGAAUGACUACAUGAACUACGGGAAGAAGGCGAAACACCAGUCCACUCAGCCCAGUGCAGCAACUCCAAACAAAUUGACCUCCUUCUGCGAUUUCCCUGAAAUAUCUCACAUAGCCAUCAAUGGAGCUAAUGUAUCUAUUAGCAAUCAGGACAAUCAGUACAUGGAGGUUCAGAUGAACUCCAGCCAGGAAGCCCGUUCCUUCAUCUCUCUCCUGGAUGGAUACUACCGGCUGACCGCAGACGCCCACCACUAUCUCUGUCAUGAAGUGGCUCCCCCAAGGGUCGUGCUGAGUGAAGCGAAUGGACUGCACGGACCUAUGCAUGAGGAUUUUGUGCUGCUGAAGCUGAAGAAGGAAGGAGCAGAGGAGGGAGCUUACCUCGUACGGUGGAGUGCCCUUAACUUUCGCCGCAUCAUCCUGGCUGUGCUGAACAAAAACAAUAACGGAGCGACGUCGAGGCACAAGCAGUUUCGCAUCGAGCACAGGUGCUCGAUUUUCCGUCUGGAAGGCUGGGAACAGGAGUUCUCCAGUGUGAAGGAGCUCAUCGACAGCCUCAAGACAUUCGUGCUCAGGUCGGGAUCAGACUGCUUUGUUCUCAAGAAGUGCUGUUUGCCAAGACAAGCAGAGCUGUCAAACCUUCUGGUGAUGAGGAAAGAUCAACAACAACGGGUCAACACCGAAUCCUCCAAGCCCUUCUUUUACUUCCACCAGCUUAAGGAGAGAAACAUAGUGCAGGAACGACAUCUGGGACGUGGGACCAGAACGAACAUCUACGCAGGUCGUUACCUGCUGCAGGGAGAAGCAGACAACGACGAAUUCAACAACAAUAACUUGAGCGACCGCAAGUCGAUCCGAGUGGUUCUCAAAGUCCUAGACCAAAACCAUAAAGACAUUGCACUCUUUGAAACUGCGACGCUCAUGAGUAAGGUGUCCCACAGUCACCUGGUGUUUGUGCACGGUGUUUGUGUCAAAGGAUCUGAAAACAUCAUGGUGGAGGAAUUUGUGGAGUUUGGGCCUCUGGAUUUGUUCCUUCGCAGGGAAAAAGCAUCGGUGACGCCACAGUGGAAAUUCAUUGUGGUAAAACAACUCGCUAGUGCCCUCGGCUAUCUCGAGACCAAACGUCUGGUUCAUGGAAAUGUCUGUGCCAAGAACAUUCUGGUGGCAAGGCGCGGUCUGGAGCCCGGCACCACACCUUUCAUCAAGCUGAGUGAUCCAGGAAUCGCCCUGAGCGUCCUCUCGCGAGAAGAGCGUCUCGAGCGGAUCCCCUGGAUCGCCCCAGAGUGCGUCGACAGCGGCAUGGCCAUUGGCGAUACUGCUGACCAGUGGAGCUUUGGCGUCACGCUGCUGGAAAUCUGCAACAACGGCGAUCUUCCCCUGAGUCGCUGCUCGUUGUCCAAGAAAGAGCGCCUCUAUCAGCAGAAGGGCCGUUUAGGUGAACCGUCCUCGCAGGAGUUGGCCACUUUCAUCAACAUGUGCUUGACCUACGAACCCAUGGAGAGGCCCUCAUUCCUCGUUCUGCGCAGAGAGCUUCCAGAAAUCCCAGAAAAUUCUGAUAUUUCUCCCAGUGAAUUUGCCAAUGACCCAGACCCAAGUGUGUUCCAGAAGCGCUACAUGAAAGAGAUUCGGGAAUUGGGAAAGGGUCACUUUGGAAAGGUGAUUCUGUACCUGUACGACCCGGCCAACGAUGGCACCGGGGAGUACGUGGCCGUGAAGUCUUUGAAACAGGAGAGUGGUCACGUGCCCGAGAGCUGGAUGAAGGAGAUCGAUAUUCUGAAGUCUCUCCAUCACAACAACAUUGUCAAGUACAAAGGUUGUUGCACCGAACUGGGAGGACAAGUGGUGCAGCUGAUAAUGGAGUACCUUCCUCAGGGGAGUCUGCGAGAUUAUCUUCCCUCGCGUAAACUGGGUGUGCCCCAGUGCCUUAUGUUCGCUCAGCAGAUCUGCCAGGGGAUGGAUUACUUACACUCCAGGCGAUACAUCCAUCGAGAUCUGGCUGCCCGUAACGUUUUAGUGGAAAACGACAGUUUGGUGAAGAUCGGAGACUUCGGCUUGUCAAAAUACAUUCCCGAGGGUAAGAUCUACUAUCAAGUACGUGAGGAUGGAGACAGUCCAGUGUUCUGGUAUGCGAUCGAGUGCCUGAGGGAGAGUAAGUUUUCUUUUCCGUCCGACAUUUGGUCCUUUGGCGUGACAUUGUAUGAGAUCCUGACUCGCUGUGACUCACGCCAGAGCCCUCCAGAGAAAUUACGAGAAAUGAUGAAUUCACCCAAUGAACAGAUGACCUUGUUGGCACUCCUAAAAAUGUUGGAGAGAAACCUGCGAUUGCCUUGUCCAAGGGAUUGCCCACACAAGGUGAAACUGUUGAUGGAUCAGUGUUGGGCCACAGAUCCUGAACAACGGCCGUCUUUCAAAUCCCUCAUCGAACAGUUGGAAUUGAUUCGCCGGACCUACGACUGGCAGCCAGGUACAAACUUCUCGCUGGCUCAGAUUUGUUGAUGAAUGAAGCAAAGACCUGUUUGCCGACAUGCCAUCACUUUGCUACCAUGGCAACCACAUAUUACUCAGCCACCAGUGAUGCGUUUCCUGCUGUGCUAUCGCCUGCUCUCUCCAUUUACAUUGUUGUCUUUUUGAUAAAAGUGCCCUGCUGUAUGCUUGCAUGUGUUGUAAUGAACACAAUAAUAAAGUCAGUUGGUGUGCGUUCAA